GUCAACCAUUUUAGCCAGAAAUCUUCAUUUUCUAAUCUAACUCCUGACUCAAGAUGGUGGUUGCAUUUGCAACCAAACUAUGGAUUUCAAAAAGGUUUAACAGAUGAGCAUGUAAAUGCAUUAAAGGAUGAGGUUGAAAUUUUGAAAGUUAAGGCAUAUAGUAAAAAAUCUCAAGCAUAUCCUGAACUAAUGGAUAUGGAUAUGAUGACCAAACAUGAGACAAUGGAGAUUAAUUCUGUUGGCUGCUCAGUGUACAAGCAAACAAAUGAUUUCUCCUUUGAUUCAGAUUAUUCUUGGAUUGAAGGUGAGAAUGCCCAGCCAUGGUGGAGAACAACAGAUAGAGAUGAGUUAGCUUGUUUUGUUUCACAGAAAUCUCUCAACCAUAUUGAGAAUUGUGACCUUCCUCCUCCUAAGAAGAAGUAUCUUGGAGGACAAUCAUGUGCUAAUAUUAGUGAUGACAAAAAAAAAGCAUCAUUUUUGAACUGGGAAGCCAAAUCUAGUGCCUCCAAUUUGACUGCUCAGGCAAAGGGAAGUUUAGAUUCAGGAUUGAUGCAUAGAAAUCUGGGGCCUUCAGCCAAUGGAGGGCAUUUGUAUUUUGCUUCUGACAAAUCCUCAAGUUAUACCACCAUCCAUAAGGGUGUCACUGAACAAGUUUUUGAGGGAGACCCCAACAAAACUCAACUUAUGGAAGCACUGUGUCAUUCUCAAACACGUGCUAGGGAAGCAGAAGAAGUAGCAAAACAGGCUUAUGCUGAGAAAGAGUACAUAAUUGCACUCUUUUUUGAACAAGCAUCACAACUUUUUGCCUAUAAGCAAUGGUUUCGACUAUUGCAGCUGGAAACUCUUAACAUUCAGGUUAAGAAUAAGGAUCAGCCAAUCUCUACUCCCUUCCCAGGGGCUUUUCCGUGGAUGUCAUUUGAAGGUAGGAAACCUCAGAAGAGAAAGCAAAAAUUUGCUAAUACCAAACAAGAAAUGCUAGGCAUGCCAUUUAUUGAUAUUACAACAUAUGCUGUUGCAUUUGCUUUAGGAUUGAGUCUUGUUGGGGCUGGCUUACUCUUAGGAUGGAAUGUUGGUUGGAUGUUACCUCGUUUAUAG